AAGGGGAGCGCCGCAUCUCCACGGAGAGCCCCGACGAGUUCUCCGCUCCGCUCCCCUCAGCCCCCGGAGAGGCGUCCCCUACGCCCGCCCAGCCCUAUAGCCCGGCUCCCCGUCCCUGCCCAGUGAAGGGCCGCGGCGGCCGGGCUGGGCUGGGCCGGGCAGGGCGAGGCGGGGUGAAAGCCCUCGCUAUGCUGCCCAGUGCCCUGUACUGGGACCUGGUGGGUUCCUCGGCUCUCCUGAACCUGCCGGCGGCGCCAGGCUUCGGCAACCUGGGCAAAAGUUUCCUCAUCGAGAACUUACUGCGAGCAGGGGCGCCGCCGAGCCCUGCCCAGCUCCGUCCCCUCCCCGCCAGCCCCGUCCCCCUCAAGCUGUGCCCCGCGGCGGAACAAAUCAGCCCUUCAGGGGGUCUCUACCCGACAAGAUGGGCUUUUCAAGUGCUUAACCCCUCCGCGGCGGACGGCGGCCGCCUGCCAGCACGGGCUCCGGCAGCGGAGAGAGGCAGCGUCUUCCCGCCGGCAGCCACAGCUCUUUCCAAACACUUUUUUCUCCGAGCCCCGCCAUUCUACUCAGCAUGCUGCGGUGGGUCCUGUCAGCACCCUGCAUCCCCCACUGCUUUUCCAAGAGAGGAAAGUGUGCUGCCUCUUCUGACCCAGGAAUCUAACUCCAAAGCCCGGAGAGGUAUAUUAAGAAGAGCUGUAUUUUCCGAAGACCAGAGGAAAGCUUUGGAGAAAAUGUUUCAGAAGCAGAAGUAUAUUAGUAAAACAGACAGGAAGAAACUGGCCAUUAACCUGGGUCUAAAGGAGUCUCAGGUGAAGAUUUGGUUUCAGAAUCGAAGAAUGAAAUGGCGAAACUCCAAAGAAAAAGAAGUGCUUUCAAACAGGUGCCUCCAGGAAGAAGGUCUUCAGGAGAACUACCUCUCACAAUCCACCAUGAAUUUUACCUCCCCAUGCCCAUCUGUGUGGGAAGUGUCUCAGGAGCAGGCAAGUCCAAGGUGGAGGGAGAAUUCUCCAGGAAAUUCUGAAAGACUGACUACUACACAACCACCUCCAAGAGCAAAUUCAUUGCAGAGCCCACUGUAUUUGUAUCCUAACCAAGACACUGCAAAUAAGGCAGUUACAUCAUCAGCCUGAGGAAAUAGGGGCAGUUUGUAAACUGAGUGGAGAGCUCAGGCUUCAAGUGAGCGGUCUUCUAAGACUAACAAUAUUUGGAAAUUGUAAAGCUACCUAGUUGAUGCCUCAUAUAUUUGCUGAAGUCUAACCCCAUUAAAAUGACAGCUAAUGAUUUAAGAAGUAUUCUUCUAUAUUCAGUCUUUUCUUGUGUUUUGUUCCAGUCUUAUACUGACCUUAAAAGUAGGAGCUGAUGGUAAGUAAAAUAGUGAACUAAGAGCUUGAAGUUGCAGUUCUGCUCUGAUUAAUACAUCUGUGCUGUAUACAAUAGUCAUUAAAAGCACACUGAUAAUCAUUUUUAUCUCUUAUUGCAGUUAGACCAAUUCAUUUCUUCUGUGCACAAGAUAAGAAUAACUUUUGUUUCCCGUAAGAUAGCAAGUGGCUUUGGGUUCUUCUUGAAACUCAUUAACGACACAAUAGGUUCAUACAAGACAAACAUGAACAUUUUUACUGUGUUUUCUCCAUCUGUCCUCACCUGUAUCAAUGUUCAAUUAGUUUUAAAUAGCAGGGUCACAGGCCAGCUGAUAAUCCUGGUAGAUCAUGCAAUACUAAAAGAUGACCAACCAACCCUAUAAAAUAUUGCCCAUUUAAAUCACUCCGAUGUGAAUGC